UCGUGCGCUUUUUAUGUUUAUUGUCCUUUGAAUAUAAAUCUCUCAAAUGGUCUGCUUCUGCUUCCUGGUAGACCAAAGGCGGAAGCUGACAAGCACCAAGCCGGCGGCCGGGACGUGCUCGCGGUGUGGCGCGGGAGCUAGCGUCGGGGACAUGAAAACGAUCACCCGGUUUUGUUACGUUCCGUUUUAUUGGAAAUCUUGGAGGGCUAUCAUUUGCACAUUCUGUGGAGCUAUUCUUAAAUCUUACAGAUGAAGUUCAAGAACCCUGUUCUGUCUUGGCUGUUCCUUCAGCUCUUGAAGAGUGGAGGGAUAGAGAAAGUUUGGGGUUCUUUCACUAUGGAAUUGUAAGCUUGUAACCUGAUUUUCUUCAUCUUUUUAAGGUAGUGUAGGUAUUGAGUUUAGUUGUAGCUAGUUAGCUAUUGUUGUAGUUGUCAAAGGGAAAAGUUGGAAACUAUUACUACUAAGUCCAUACUAUUCUUCCUCCAUGUU